AUGAUAUCCCAAGAACGCCUCGAAGAAAUUUCUUCGAAUUUGGCAUUCGGCCAGGCCUACACCAACCAGCGUAAGGUGGCGGAGGAUGGAGAGACCAAUGAGGAGACACUGCUGCAGGAAUCAGCCUGUAAAGAGGCCUACUACACUGGACGUGUGUCGGAGCUGCAGACAGAGGUGACGCUGAGCCGCUCGGUGGCGUCCAACGCCCAGGCAGAAAACGAGCGGCUCAACGCGCUCGUGCAGGAACUAAGAGAGAGUAACGAGAUGCUGGAGCUGCAGAGGAGCAGGAUGAGGGAGGAGAUCAAGGAGUACAAGUUCAGAGAGACCCGGCUUCUUCAGGAUUACACUGAGCUGGAGGAGGAGAACAUCACGCUGCAGAAACUGGUCUCCACUCUCAAGCAAAAUCAGGUGGAGUAUGAGGGACUAAAGCAUGAAAUUAAGGUGCUGGAGGAGGAGACCGUCCUUCUCAACAGCCAGCUCGAAGACGCUUUACGUCUGAAGGACAUCUCCGAGGGUCAGUUAGAAGAAGCCCUGGACGCCCUGAAGAGUGAGCGUGAGCAGAAGAACAACCUUAGAAAGGAGCUGGCCCACCACAUCAGCCUGAGUGACAGCGUCUAUGGGGCCGGGGCCCAUCUUGCGCUCACCGUCACCGGUGUCGAGGGGCUUAAGUUCCCAGAGGAGACAAAUGGAACCAACGGCACCAACGGCAGCACCGUCCCUGCCGCUAAUGGCAAUAAUGAGGACAGCAACUGGCGCAAUGGUCACAUCCACACAGGCACGGGGCUGACUAAGAUGAACGGGGAGUAUCGUCCGGGCCGGAAGGGAGAAGCCCUGCACCCGGUGCCAGACCUGUUCAGUGAGCUCAACCUGUCAGAGAUGCAGAAGCUCAAACAGCAGCUGCUACAGGUGGAGUGUGAGAAGGCAGCGCUGCUCUUGAACCUGCAGGAGUCACAGACCCAGCUGCAGCACACACAGGGCGUCCUGACCGAGCAGAACGAGCGCGUCCAUCGUCUCACAGAACGCGCCAAUGCCAUGAAACGUCUCAAUGGAGACAAAGAGCUUGAUGACCCUCAAGAGAGCGAGAAGCCCGAUGGUGGCUCAGUAUCGCCACCAGCUAAUGGUCACCAUGAUGCUGACAUCCACGGGUUUGAGAUCCUGGAGUGUAAGUACAAGGUGGCGGUGACGGAGGUGAUCGACCUGAAAGCGGAGCUCAAGGCCCUGAAGGAGAAGUAUAACCAGGCUGUGGAGGGUCAGGGAGACGGCCACAGUGACGACAGAGUCCACACACUGAGCGAACAGGUAACUCAUCUGGAGCGCAGUCAUCGUGAAAGCCGAGAGAGGUUGGCGAGCCUAGAGGCAGAGCUCCGAGCGGCUAUGAGCACGGCCACGGAGAGUCAGGGGAUGCUGAACACAGCGCAGGAUGAGCUGGUAACCUUCAGUGAAGAACUGGCACAGCUCUACCACCAUGUCUGCUUGUGCAACAACGAGACACCCAAUCGCGUCAUGCUGGACUACUACCGCCAGAGCCGCGUCACACGCAACGGCAGCCUGAAGGGCUCCGAUGAUCCCUGGGCUUUGCUCUCGCCUCGCUUGGCACGACGCCUCGCAGCAGCGGCUGCAGCUUGCUCCCAUGAGCCCCAAAGCAGUCCCAUGGGCUCCCCAUCCAAAGACGCCCAUCACAACGAGACGACGGCCAACACAGGGGACUCCUCAUCCUGCCACAGCAGCCCCACCCGCAACCUCACAGGCUCCCCAGGCAUCAGCAUCUCUCCUUGCCCGUCUCCACUGCACUUAGAGGCAGGAGGAGACCUGCGGAAGGAGCCCAUGAACAUCUACAACCUGAACGCCAUCAUCAGAGACCAGAUCAAACACCUCCAGAAGGCUGUCGACCGCUCGCUGCAGCUGUCCAGGCAGAGGGCUGCAGCCAGGGAGCUGGCUCCGAUGCUGGACAAGGACAAGGAGUCGUGCAUGGAGGAGAUCCUCAAGCUCAAGUCCCUGCUCAGCACCAAGAGAGAACAGAUAGCCACACUCAGGCUGGUGCUAAAGGCCAAUAAACAGACAGCAGAGGUUGCGCUGGCAAAUUUGAAGAGCAAGUAUGAGAAUGAAAAGGCGAUGGUGACCGAGACCAUGAUGAAGCUGAGAAACGAGCUGAAGGCUCUGAAAGAAGAUGCUGCCACCUUCUCGUCUCUCAGGGCCAUGUUCGCCACGAGGUGCGAUGAGUACGUUACCCAGCUGGAUGAGAUGCAGAGGCAGCUGGCGGCAGCGGAGGACGAGAAGAAGACGUUGAACUCCCUCCUCCGUAUGGCCAUCCAGCAGAAACUGGCCUUGACCCAGCGUCUGGAGGAUCUGGAGUUUGACCACGAGCAGAUCCACCGCGGCCGCGGCGCUAAAGUGCCCAAGAUUAAAAGCAGCCCGCCCAAAUUUCUUGUAGAUUGUCAGCAGCCUGCUGCCUCAUUAUCGUCACUUUCCCCACAACUAAGGCGAGGGAGAGCGUCCCUAGUCCGCAGUCGUAAAUUUGUGGCAGACCUCCAGGAUCAUCACGCAGUUCUGUCCAGCGGCAGCCGCCUCCUCUCCCCCUGCGACCCUUGUAACCAUCUGGUCCAACUACCCCACCCACCCGGCCCCUAACUUCACUGCUCCAGCCCGGGUGCUGGCCUGGGUCUAGAGACACUCUGGAAGGGAGUUCCUUCAGUUUGACUCCCAUUAAACCGCACAGUCUAUCCUGGUGUGUAAUGGACUCUGAGACCCCCGCCUACACCCCAACUCUGAAGGCCACACGGCCCCCCCGCAGGCCUCCUGGUUCCCUAGGCUGCAGAAGAAGAGCGGGGCGCUCUUGUCCUGGAAAAGAACUGGACUGAGGCGCAAAACGUCACAGAGACAAAUCAGGGGGAAAUCUCUCCCCUUAUUCUUACCAGUAUUUAUUUAUAAUUUAUUGAUUGUUUAUUGAUUUGUGACACGAUAUAUUUAUUACUGGAAUGUUUUUUUCUGUGUUGGUUGGAUGGAAAUCAAGAUGUGUUUGAUUGGGUGAAGUGAGGUGAAGGCCUCGGUGAAUCUGUACUCAGCCAAUUCUGUUCUAUUCAACAAAGAAAAACCUUUGCAACCAAAAACAGAUCUUCCACAUUGCAAAUGUUCUUACUGCUCUAAUGAAGAGGUUGAAAACUUGCCUAAUCCAAUUCUACAGCAUUUAAGACGUUAGAUUAAUAAUCAUAAAUACACAGUGUAUGCCAUUUUAAAUAGGAGCGUGAGAGUACAUUGGGUUUGACGUUGCAAACAGACUAAUGAAGCAUCGUGUCUUGUGGUGGUGACGGGUGGAGUUCAGCUGCCGUUCUAACGCCACUAGUGUUUCUUGGAAUGCCUGUUUUUUUAUACAACUUUUUAGUUUUUUGCAGAUCAUGUGCAUAAAGAAUAUUUUAUACCUUUGUUUAGUUUUAUUUAUUUUUACAGCAGACUCUGGUGAUGUGGUUGUGUCUGUUAGCGCAGAUCUCUGUAGAGACUGAGGUAGAUGAGAGGAAGUUCGGGAUCAGGACUAGGGCUGUUGGCCUGGGGGGGGUUUCUUUUGCCUUUUUGAAUUGCACAGGUUUAUGUGACCAUGCAGUGAUCUGACCCUCGCUCUUUUAAAGUCGUGAAAAGAGGAUUCCCCCAGGAGUGUGCCUCUGAUUCAGUUUCCGUCACCUUCAUGUCAACACUGUAUUCUCACUGUAGAGUGUUCUCUCUCUCCUCUCUGUGAACUUAUUAUUUAUCAUCUCCUCGUUGAGUUGUCUCCACACGCUUCCUUCAAACAGUAUGCAGUACUGUCCAAGCACAAUUAUAGCAAUACAGUGGUGGAGCAGGUCGUAGACAGAUCUGGAUGAGAUUCACGUGAUCUCUCAACCAUUUCCGUCUCCACGAGCUAACCAGCAGGCUGAUGAGAAGAAGAAGACAGCAAGAGUCUCUCCGACUUUCUCAGAGUGACGCAGUUACAGCAUUACUGUCAAUUUUCAAUCACUGCUUUGAGACAGAUGCAAUUUGUGAUGUUUAUUACAUAAUUGAAAUCCCCUCUCUCUGUCGUUAUAAGGUCAUACCUUCUUUAACGUGGAUGUCGUCGUCACUGCUUUGAUUACACACUUUUUGCCACAUGGAUAUGAAAUGGACAAACUAAAACUACAUAGCCAGUAUUGUGUUGUGAUGACAGAUGAACCAUUUCCUGUUGCGGCUGUGGAAAAUGAUUGGAGUCUUUCUGUUCUCUGUGUGUACAUUUGUUGCAUUUGUCUAUGUUGACUAUGUAGAUUGUUGCUCUUUGCAACUACAGAGUGAGGAAAACUACCUGUGGUCCAAAAGUAGCUCCUGAACCCAUGCAGGUUAACUCUCAUGGUUUGUUUGCACAAUAAAGCUGUGAUGGAGAGAGACUAAUCCAGUGAAAGGAAAUUAAAAAAAACUGAGGUUUAAAAAGCUGAAUGCUGUAUUACUGUGGGUUUUACAGUUUCUCCUCCAUUUUAAAAUAACGUGUUUAAUUGGUUUCACAAGUAAAUUAAAGAUCUGUCCUUG